AUGUCAUCAGGCUUUGUGAGUGGCGGAACUGUAGACAAUCCGACAGAGCGAGACGAUGAAUGGCGACGAGCCCAAGCCGAGCUCGAGGCUGCUCGCAAAGCAAAAGCAGAUCUGACAGCGCAGCACGAUGGAAAAAGUCUAUUUGAAGUACUUCAAGAGAACAAGGAUAAGAAGCAGGCCGAAUUUGAGGAGAGAGCUCGGUACAAACUCCACGUGAGUCUGAACGACGAAGAAGCCGAUUACCUGGACUCCAUCGAGGAAAAAAGAAGGAAGGAGGAGGCUAAAGUGAAAAGGGAGACUCAGGAAAAACUCGAAGCAUUUCGUAGGCAGCAAGAAGAAGAAACAACAACAGCUUUGGAGGCCGAUAAUCCGGAUGUUCCUCAAGAACAAGUACAAUGGGCUGCUGCCGGGCGCAAAAGGAAGAAGGGUCCAGAGAAUGGACUCUUGAAGGGUGUGAAGCUGAGGAAGACAAGCUCUAACCCAGAGGAAAGCAUAAAACCCGACCAUACGCUCGUGGCAAACCAUGAGAUAGCACCGUCCACAAACGUAGCCGUAGAUUUACGUGUUGCUACUAGCAAAAGCGCUACUACACCUCGCGAUGCAGACUCGACCAGUGCUUUGUCUCUCGGCCUUGGAUACACCUCUUCUGAAGACGACGAUGACAAUGAGAGCUAA